AUUCUCACACUGAAGAACCAUGAAGAACUUUUUAGCAAUCCUCACUUUAAGUUUAAUCUCAUUUGCUUCCGCAACAGCAGAAGAGACACUUCCAAAAUGCUCCGUAAAUCAAGUCUUUAGUUAUUGCAACACCGCUUGCCCCGAUUAUUGCAAUAACAAGGAUGAAUUCCAAAUUUGCACCGAGCAAUGUAUAAUCGGUUGCGGAUGUGCCCCGGGUUAUGUUAAAGAUUAUAUUGAUUCGGAUAAUUGCGUCUUGGAAAAAGAUUGUCGUAGAGUGGAAAGAUGCGGGCGAAACAAAACUUAUUAUUUGUGCGGUUCUCCGUGUCCCAGAUAUUGCGGAGGACCCGAAGUUGAAAAUUGUCCAAGAAGGUGCGCUAAAGGAUGCCAAUGUAAACCUGGAUAUAUUAAGAGGUCGGAAAAUUCCAACGAUUGUAUUCCUUACAGCGAAUGUCCCGAUUUUCAAGCUUAAUUUUGGAAUAAUUAAGAAAUUUUAUUAAAUUGUUAAAAAAUAGAGGUAGAUGUAAUAUACGAACAUUAU